GGAAAUGAAUGCGGUGACAUGGUGCAUGGACAGGAGCAUAGUUGCUGGUUCGUUCCCUUUCUGGAACAGGGCUACUGGAAACUAAUUCAAGCACUCUCAAAUUUAGAAGAAUUUUACACUAGGCGUAUUUGGAUUUUGUGCAAUGUCGCGUUGUUUUCCAUUUCCACCACCAGGAUAUGGAAAGAAGGCUAUAACAGAUGAAGUGGACUUAUUAGAAAAGGAAAAGCAGAAAGAAAAAAAACAUAAGAAAGAUAAGAAGGACAAAGAGAAGAGGGAAAGCAAGGAAAAGAGAGAGAAAGAAGGAAGAGAUGGGAAGCAUAAGGAAAAGAAGGACAAAAAGGAAAAACACAGAGAGAAAAAGAAAGAUAAGGAUAAAGACAAGGACAAGAGCAAAGAUAGAGAUAAAAGUAAAAGCAGUACUGCAGAUGACAAAGGGUUCCCAAGACAAGCUGAGGGUCUCAACGCAGGUAAACCCCAUCAAAAGGAAAUUAAGCAAGACAAUAAGAAGGGUAUCUUGUUUGAGAACAGACUCACCAAACAGUAUGCUGGCAACAAUGGGGAGAAGGCUAGAGAGAAAAAUCAUCUGGCUGAAGAGAACAAGGAUUCAAAGUUCCUCCUGGAGUUGGAUCGGAGGAUUAAGGAUGAUGAUGGAGGAGCUAACCAUCAAUUGGUUCAUAAAUUUACAAAUACAAACCAUAGAAAAGAUGAGGGGACUGUUAGGUUGGUGGCUAAAGGUGGUGGCACCAGGUCUGAUGGUAAUGAAAAACUCAAGGAUAUGGGUCUUGAUGUUAAGAAGAUUGAUGGGCGAGGAAUACAGGAUGAGGUCCGGCCAAUUGGAAAUGCAGCACCAGUUCAGAAUCAUGUUGGAAAUUUUCAUCCUAGAGUUGAUGGAAUACCCAAACUAUUGGGAAAGUAUUUUGAAAGGAAUUUGGAAGCAACAGUUGAAGGUAAAGAAAAGGUUAAGGAAAAGAAAGAUGAAAAAGAAAAGGCCAAGGAAAAGACAGAAGAAAGGAAGGUUAAGGAAAAGAAAGAUGAAGGAAAGGAAAAGGUUAAGGAGAAAAAAGAUGAUAAACGAAGAGAUAAAAGGAAAGAUAAAGAGAAGGAGAAGAAAGGGCAUGGGAAGGACAAAGACAGGGAUAAAGAGAAGAAAAAGGAGGAGAAAGCUAAGGAGCAUAGUGAACUUAAAACAACAGAGCAAAAUAAAUUAAAAGAAAGCAACAAAGUUGGACUUAUAAAUUCAAAUUCUUUCGCACAGCCUUCUAGGAACAGCCAUGGGAACGCUGUCAGUGGAGAAAAUCGUAAGAAGCGGAAGGACAUUGAGUCAAAUGGAGUUCCACAUGUCAAUGACAGUUUGCCCAAUAAGUUUCCAAAAUUGUCUUCCUCUCAUCCAUUCAAUGAAAAUGGAAGGGUAUGGGAACCUUGCCAAGUAUCCAUUCCAAAUGCUUCAGAUAGGCCACGAGAAGCCACCAGUGUUAAGGUAGAAAAGAAAGAAAGCAAGAUAAAUGGGAUCAUUGAAAGUAAGCCAUUUGCAGCUUCUUCAAUCAAGACUCCCACUGCCACUGUGCCAGCUACUUUGGUAACUGAAGCAUCUGCAAAGCCACCCCAUCCAGAUACCAAGUACUUAGGCCAGGUAUAUUCAGUACCUAAGGUGGAGCAGUGGUCUGAUUUUGAUGAUCAAGAGUGGCUAUUUGACACCAAUGUUUCACAAGAAAGAAAAUCUGUGGUGAAAUCUUCAAUAGAGGUUGGGGAGACACCUCAGGUAUGGGCAGAAGCUCUGCGCAUAGAGCCCGCAGAUGUUUUUGCUCUUCCAUACGUCAUUCCGUACUGAUUGAUUAUUUAAUUGUAACACGAUACUUGAAUCUCAAUUAUGUGUGCACAAGGAACCCUCCUUUGACACUGUGCGGGAAGAACGGCAUCAUGGGCCAGAAAAUGAUUCCAAAUUUCUUGAUGCAUUCUUUUGUUACUUGCACACUGACAGCGAGUAGCGAGUGACUGAUUGGUUGCUAUCUUAAAAACUAUUUGGAUGGUGACUCGUGCCGACUGAUUGUCUUGAUUUUCUUACUGAUUGGAAGGGGAACAUCUGUCACAAGUUGCAUGCUUGGUGCUGCCAGAUUGGGGGUGCAGUUCUCACCUUGUGCAUCAUAGUAAUUCAUUUAGACUACAGAGAAUUUGUACAGGUUGUGGAGAGGGAGGGGGAGGGGAGAGGUACAAGCUUGUGCAACUUCUUUUCCUUUUUUUGCUGAGAGCUGAGCUGCUCUUUCUAAUUGAGAAUGAGAAUGUCUAAGUGAAACUAGAUGUGGUCUUUGCAACUCCACCACAAUUUUGAUUUGUAACAUAGAACUCUUAUUUUACGAGAAUAUGUAUGAUAGAGAAGGGGAAAAGAAGUAAUCGGAUUCAUUUAUUCAGUUUCCUGUAAAUUUUAUUGGUCAUUGAAUCAUUUUGCUUUAGUGUUAAUGAUCAA